AUGCCUCCCGGCGGCGGCGGCGGGCCCAUGAAAGACUGCGAGUACAGUCAGAUCAGCACCCACAGCUCCUCCCCCAUGGAGUCGCCCCACGCGAAGAAGAGGACCCCGGCCCGCAGGAAAUGGGAGGUGUUCCCGGGAAGGAACAAGUUCUUCUGCAACGGGAGGAUCAUGAUGGCCCGGCAGACGGGCGUCUUCUACCUGACUCUCAUCCUCAUCCUCGUCACCAGCGGACUCUUCUUCGCCUUCGAGUGAGGAAACUGAGGCCCAAGAAGCAAGAUGACUUACACAAGAUCACACAGCUUCAUGACAGCAAAGGCAGGGUGAGCCGCUCACCUGCUCAUUGCUAGUCUGGAGUUUUCUCCACCGGAUCAUCGCUUCUUCGUGUAACCAAGGUAACGAAGGGGCAUGUGCGGUUCCUAUCCUCCUGUCAACAAAACCUGUCUUCAACGUGGAAUUCUUUGGACAAUUUCUUGCUCUAAGCUUAUGUUUCUUUCUUAGGAAAAGCGAUGGGCAGAUCACUAUUUGAGCCCUCAUUUGAAGAUGUUAAUAUUCUCGGGCUGGCGAUGUGUAUACCAUUGCUUUCUGAACUGGACCUGUUGCAUGAACAAUAAAGAAUUAUGCUAAUUUU